UUACUUAGUAUAGUAGCCGUUGGAUGGCAGUAAGAUCACUACACCCGCAGUAGAGAAAUGUGUAGUGAUGGAAAUUGCUAUCUGAAUAAUAAACGUCAUAUUGUACUUAAUUGAAGCACUAAAUAAAAACAAUAUAUUUUUGAAAUUAGAAUGUUAAGAAAUUUUGAAGGAAGAGUGGUUCAUGCUGUCAGUGCGGGACUCUGUGCUGCUGCUUCAAGUUUGUUUGGAAAGUUGUCUGGAAUACAGGGUUAUUCAACAUGUGUCAGCAGACCUGGCUUUAAAGAUAUUACUCUUUGUUCUCAUGGUGGCUUGUAAUGCUGGGGUGUGGAUGUGUUUUGUUAAGGCACUGCAGCAGUCACCCUCUUCUUUACCGCCCACUGUCAUCAGCACUGCAAUCAACUAUGUUAGCUCGCAUUUCUUGAUAUGGCGUCUAUUCAGUAAACAUAAGAAGAAUGGUUACUGUGUGUGUUUCAAUGCACACUUGUUCAUUUUAACAGUUUUAACCAAAUAUAGACUCUUAACACAGUACACUUGCAGUGGAUCGUAUAACAUAUUGACAUGCACGGCAUUACUGGGCUCUUUCGUAUUUGGAGAAGAAACUUCUCUGUUGUGGUGGAGUGGUGCUACACUGGUGUUGCUUGGCUUGAUGCUUAUCUGUCAUCCACAUAAACAACAUGAACAAUAAACUGAUAAUAAACUCA